CUAUUUUCUACUGUUAAAAUGUUGUAAGCUCCUUCCUUUUCCCUCUAAACCCCCAAGAAAGAGCCCCGUCAUCCAUCGCUACGUUUCUCUCUGUACCCCUUUCCAUUUCGUUCACGGAUCAAUGCUCGUAAACUCGAUUCCUCCUCGCUGAAGAUCGUGAGAUCCUAUGCUCUGUUCAUGGUGUCCAAUUACUUUCCCAAUUGCCUUCUGUAUAGGGUUUAGGUUGCACGAUUAAGCAGCUGAAGGGGAUCGAAAGUUCAGAACUUUUGGCCAAAGAAGCUAGCAGUUCCAGUUUAAUAGGAAGCAGUUGGUGUUUGCUUGAUGGAGAAUCUUCCUGUGGAAGUGGUUGGAAACAUAUUGUCACGGCUUAUGGAUGCCCGGGAUGUGGUGAUAGCUUCUGGAACAUGCAAGAACUGGCGCGAAGCAUAUCGGAAUCACCUUCAUAGGCUUUCAUUCAGUCCCGAAGCUUGGCCAUUUUAUCGGACCUUUGAUACCGGUUUUCUAGAAGGGCUUAUACGUGACACAAUCAUCCAGACCACAGGUUUGCAAGACCUAUCCAUUAUGACGGAUAAUGAUCGUGAAAACAGUUUUUCUGCUUCAGCUAUCACUGCUUGGCUCACACACACAAGUGAAACCUUGCGCAGAUUGUCCUAUAAUGUCCGGUCUACACCAUAUAUUAAUGUCCUUAACUGCUGUGGGUGGCGAAAUUUAGAGACUUUACUUCUUGUCCAUUGUCCAGUUCUUAGUAUUGUUUCAGACCUCCAGCUCCCUAGCCUGAAAUCUCUUUCACUUCGUCAUGUCAGUAUUUCGGAUUCGGAUUUAACCUGUUUGAUCAACGCAUGUCCAAAGAUCGAGACUUUGGAACUAGUCUGGCAUAGGAUCACGGUAUUUGGCGACAUUGAACUUGGAUUGACCAUCCCGACAAUAAAGAAUAUCUACAUUGAAGGCGUUGUGUUGACUCGGAUCAUCCUGGAGGUGAACAGCAUUGAGCGUUUGCAUGUGAAGGAUUCUGAUUUCAUACUCAAACUUGUAGGAAAUGAAACGUUGAAACAUUUCAAGCUCGAAAAAUUUCAUCCCUUGCAACUCGAUAUCUCGGAGGCUGCUGAAAAUCUCGAGAGUGUUGAUGUCGAUUACUGCACAUUUGCCCUGUCAGAGCUCCACCCGUUGAUCUCAAGAGCUCAGAAGCUGCGGAAACUUCGUCUGUGGGAUGUGAUCUUUUGUGAUGGCAUUGUUGAUCUGGAAACUAUAGCCGUUGGUUUCCCACAGCUGACCCAUCUCUCUUUAGGUUAUUAUCCGCGAGAGGGAUUUACUCAUUACAGCUUGCAAGCCACCUCCCAGUUGGAGAGUGUGACGGUGUUGGAGCUCGGUUGGACUUUAAUGAACGAUGGUCUCCCAGUCUGGGUUGAGGGUGUACUAGAAAGAUGCCCGAAUCUAAGGAAAUUGAUCAUAUACGUGGCUAUCUCGGUAAUGUUUUUUCCCGAGGACCGCCGGAUGCUGGAAACUUUCACAUUGUCCAUGGUUCAACUCAUGCGGAAACACAUUCACGUCGAGGUACAAUUCAAAUACGAGUAAAGAUCCUCUGAGUUCCUGUUGCUGCAUUUCUAACUAAAUGCAUUGUUGAAGACUGCGAUUUCGAUUCUCUGAAACCAUCCUUUACCUUGUUGAUAAAUGCGCUUGCUGCGAGCUGAUGAAAUGUAAAUGUAGCAUUGUUCCUGAGAUGAUUGCAAUGGUUAUAUACUGAUGCAUUG